AUGGUAGAAUCGCCGGAGGUCCAAGAGGCCGUGAAGGAGUUGCAUGGUGAUGUCCAGGGCGUGUUGAUUAAGGCAUCUAUGGUUCUUUACAAGCAUUACAUGAAACGGAAUGGGUCUAAGAUGGAGAAGCGCGGCUUAAAUCGGAACUCUAAGUCCACGAAUGAGACAGCGUGUACUCUGGAUGUCGAUAUCAAGCAAUUAGAAGAUGCUAUGACUAAAGAGCACACAUGCGAAGGACGCCGUGCAUGCCAAGACAAGAUGCUGCAGCUGAGAGUUGUCAGAGCCGAAAGAGAACGAAAGGAACUGCAAAAGCUCAAGGAACAGAUUGCAGUAACGCAGGAACAGCAUAAGAAACUUCGCAACUCAUGUUUGAUGAAAGUCAACGAGCUCCUAUCAUCAUUCGACAACUCGCAGAUCGCCGCGUACCAAAAUGCCAUAUGCGAAAAGGAGCGUCUGAGUAAGCACGGCGAAGAGUUAAUGCAACGUUAUGCAAAUCUGUGCAAGAUCCAAGAUAACCUCAAGAUCUGUUAUGAUGGCAUGUUGAAGGAAAAUAUUUGCACAUAA